AGGCUGGGGGCGACGGCGAGGGGCCGCGCGCGGAGGGCACCGGGCGCAACAUGGGCGGCCCGCGGGCCUGGGCGCUGCUUUGCUUCGGGCUCCUGCUCCCGGGAGGCAGCGCCGCGUGGAGCGUUGGGGGAGCCCCGUUCUCUGCACGCAGGAACUGGUGCUCAUACGUGGUGACCCGCACCAUCUCGUGCCACGUGCAGAAUGGCACCUACCUGCAGCGUGUGCUGCAGAAUUGCCCCUGGCCCAUGAGCUGCCCUGGGAACAGCUACAGAACCGUGGUGAGACCCACAUACAAGGUGAUGUACAAGACGGUGACAGCCCGCGAGUGGAGGUGCUGCCCUGGGCGCUCGGGGUCGAGCUGUGAGGAAGUUGUAGGCUCCUCUGGCUUCGUGGAGCCCGGGUGGUCGGGCAACGCCAUGUGGCGGAUGGCACUUCGGCCCACAGCCCUGUCAGGUUGUCUCAACUGCAGCAAAGUGUCGGAGCUGACGGAGAGGCUGAAGGUUCUAGAGGCCAAGGUGGCGGUGCUGACUGUCACCGAGCAGGCAGUGCCCCCGACCCCAGCUGCCCCCGAGGACCCCGCCCCGCUCUGGGGUUCCCCAGCUGCCCAGGGCAGCCCCGGGGAUGGAGGCCUCCAAGGGCUACCAGGAACCAGAGAAAACGUGAGGGCCUCUCUGCUCCCCCGAGAUGAUCAAGUUGGUGCCCGGGGGCUUCCUGGGCCCUCUGGCCCCAAGGGAGACCCUGGCAGCCGGGGCCCAAUGGGGAUGCGAGGCCCGCCAGGUCCGCAGGGCCCCCCAGGGAGCCCUGGCCAGGCUGGAGCUGUGGGCACCCCUGGAGAGAGGGGACCUCCAGGCCCCCCAGGGCCUCCUGGCCCCCCAGCCCCACUUGGACCACCCUACACCCGGAUCUCCCAGCAUGGGGACCCAUUUCUGUCCAACACCUUCACUGAGACCAGCAGCCACUGGCCCCAGGGACCGGCUGGGCCCCCAGGCCCCCCAGGACCCAUGGGUCCUCCUGGACCUCCUGGUCCCAUGGGCAUCCCUGGGAAUCCUGGACAUAUAGGACCCCCAGGCCCCACUGGACCCAAAGGAAUCUCCGGCCACCCAGGAGAGAAGGGCGAGAGAGGACUGCGUGGGGAGCCCGGCCCCCAGGGCUCCGUGGGGCAGCAGGGAGAACCUGGCCCCAAAGGAGACCCUGGUGAGAAGAGCCACUGGGGGGAGGGGUUGCACCAACUACGCGAGGCUUUGAAGAUUUUAGCUGAGAGGGUUUUAAUCUUGGAAACAAUGAUUGGGCUCUAUGCAGCAGGCUCAGCUGGAGCUCCUGGCCAGACGGGUCACCCUGCUGGAAGCCAUCAUCUGGCCAGAACCAGAGGGGUCAGGGGCAGACCCUGCCGGCACGGGCACCCCCAGCCUCCUGCGGGGCAAGAGGGGAGGACACGCCACCAGCUACCGGAUCGUGGCCCACAGGAGCCGAAACGAGAGAGACUGAGUGUGGUGGUGGCCCCUUGGGGAGGGCCAGGCCAGGCUUCCCUUCCCAGCCUGGACUUGGCCAGCUGCCUCCAAGGUCCGCCAUCCGUAUUUAUUAAUAUCCUCAGGGUCCCUUCUGCCACCUAGGCCUUUGGGGUGGGCAUGUCUUGGUCCUGGCACCCCGUGCGCAUCUGCCUCCUAUGAGGCUGAGCAGGGACUGGAGCCUGAGAAGGAGCUGUGGUCCAGGCAAGAGGUGAGGCCUUGCUCAGGGCCCUGGGCCUCAGUUUCCCUCUGUGAAAUGGGGUGAUGCAGGCCUGUGGGGAGGGGCGGCAAGUUCGGAGCUUCUGUCUUCUCAUCAACUGCCCGGCCAUCCAGGCCCCAAGCAACAGAGGGAGUUGGAAGCUGGGGCUCUGCCCGGCCCUCAGCACACCCAGGGAUGAUGAGAGCGGGCAGUCUCACCUCCCCACUCCCCAGCCAAACCUGGGGGGCCCACCUGUAUCCCUUGUCUCCUUGUUUUCUGGUGCUGGGUUCCUGGCCCUGAGGUCAAGCUACCUGAUCUGACUGGACAUUCAGGGCUCCUUGUCUCAGUUCUGACCCCUGAACCCUCAGUCCUUCUCAUGUCCCAGGCGGAGGGGGCAUGGAGAGGGAGGGGCCACCUGCUCCCACAACGGCUUGUGACAGACACCAGGAGGUAGAUGUGUAUCAGCCAAUAAAGGCCCCCAGCCUCA